CGUACCGGGGCGACGCCGCGUCAGUUGGAUCUAGAGAAGAAACGUUUUCCCCGAGGUCCGAUCGAGCGAGAGAAGGAGAUUAUACCCGCGCCUUCGGCCCGCGAGACAAAUAGACCGAGGCGUGAAAAUAGAAGGUGGGCAGCCCGACGGGAAAAGAGGAGAUCGUCGAGAGCGAGAGGGUAAAACGAAGAGGAUCGCCGCGCGCGCGGUGUGGUCUUUUGGUUUCCGGAGUCCCUCUCCGUGGCUGUUUUUACGCGUGCGGCCGCGGAUCGAUAGUUUGCCCCGCAAGCUCGUGCCGGACGGGAGCCGCGAGUUACGACGGCGAGUUACGCUACGUGGAGGACGACGCGCGCGGUCCUCUCGCGUUCGACGACACCCCCGAGCCGCGAGUAACGAGGCCCGUGGGAGACGAGCGGAGGCAAGGAGUUUCCGAAGGGGCCUAGAGCUGCGCUGGUGCCGGGUAAUACCGUGACGCCUUCGUUGGCCGUCAACGGCGAUCGAAAGCCCCGCGGUGAUUUAUGGGGGAUUACAGCGCGACGAGCCUCUUCUCGAGUACCCUGACCAGCCCGAAACCUAGCGCGACCACGAGAAACGGCAGCAACAGCAACUCCAGCGCCGUAACGACAUCCACGAUGCAAGACGAUCUGCUGAUCGAGAAGCAAGCCGCCGGCAAGCCCGCGCCGCUCUCGCCGAGCGGCGCCCUCGACACCGUGGCCGGGCAGGACAAGUCCAAGGACGUGAUCGAGGCGGAGAGCAUCGCCAUCACCCCGACGACGCCCUCGUCGACGGAUAAGGACAUGACGUGCGGCACGACCUCGGCCCUGCAGGGCUUCGCCGAUCCCGGUGGCCGCGUGCCCAGCCUGUGGUCCGCGCCGGACGACGGCGGCCUGCACACCGCGCUACCGGUCAACGGCUCGAUCGCCGCCUUUCAGAACUUCCCGACCGGCGGGCCCGCGGGCCUGUUCGCCAGCAGCGGCGCCGCCGCCGCGGUUUCGUCCGGCACACGACGAGCCAUCACGGCCAGCCAUAACUUCCCGCAGCAGCAACAGCAGCAGCAGCAACAGCAGCAGCAGCAGCACGGUAACGCGGGUGCGCCCACCGGCACCAGACACGGCGGUCUGCAGGUGUCGUCCGCGCAGCAGCAGCAACAGCAGCAGCAGCAGCAACAGCAACAGCAGCAGCACCAGCAGCAGCAGCAGCAACAACCACCGCCGACGUCCCACCCGAGCGUCUAUCUGCCCGGCAAAGGAUACGCGGCGUGGUCGGGUGGACCGCAGGCCCCGCAGCAAUGGGGCGCGGGCCCGCAAGCGGCAGCCGCCGCGGUCGCCAGCCCGGGCCUAUCUCCCUGGAACCGCGGCAGAUCCGUGCCGAAUCUGCCGCCGCUGCACUCGUCCCUGCACGCCGCCGCGGCGGUCGCGGCCGCGGCCGGCCUGCAGGGCCGCAAGCCGAGUCCGACGUUCCCGGGCCACCCGGGCCCGGCGGCGGCGGCGCAUCCCUCCUGCAUCAGCCCGGUCAAGUUCCGUCGGAGCACCUCGUACCCCGGCAAGGGCAACAUAUACCCGCCCCAACCAGCGCCGACCUUCGAGGUGACCGCCGCCGAGGAGAGGGACCUGCUGCAGCUGCCGCCGUUUCAGCAGGAUCGCAUGACGGCUAAUGGAAACUCCCCGUUAGACAACAUGAGGACUUUGGAACACUAUCUGAGCGACAUAAUGCGAGCCGGCGCGGCGGAUACCCCGGAACAUCUGAAAGGUAUGUCUCAUAUUUUCCUAAGCUGCGCGUGCAAUUGAGACGACACGCAACGAGCGUGCAAUAUCCGCCAAGGUAGCGGAAGAUUCACGCGUUAACGCCGUUAAGCCGGGAAAUCCCUUCGAGUCUUGCGUCGUAAUUUCGAGAGAGUUCUGCUCUCUUUCGUUUACGACGCCCGGGCAUGUGUUAACAAUCCCACGAAAUAUCUUACGAGAGCUGUUACACUCCCGCUAAAAGCUGCCACCGGUCUUAUCCUUGAACCUGCGACUCGAAUCUUACAACGUCGUGCCGCAAUCAGUUCGAUGGAUUUCCAACCGCGAUCGUUUAAAAAAAGAACAUACUUAAUAAAAAAAAUACCAGCGACGAUCUUAAAAAAAAACCGACGGCUAAAUGUAGACUCGUUAACCAUCCGAUAAUAUUAACUUGUGAAUGACGCGUUAUCGUCAUUAUAAAUGCACGUAAAUAUAGUUUGGGGGGGCAAAUCGUAUGAAAACUCACACGUGUUAUUGAACUUUACGCGUUCUGAAAUAGAAUAGAAUAGAUCU